GAUUUCAUCAACAAACCAGCCAGGUGGCGCUGGUGCCACACACUAGCCUGGCACAUCAGCUGCUCCAAACACGACUAUGAUGUUGCCGAUGAUGAUGUUGGUGAUGAUGAUGACGGUGGCGAAUUGAAAUGUCUGCAACAUCGAGCAGUGCAACUCAGUCGCUCCGCAGACGGCAAAGUAUAAGCUUACGUUUCGUGUACGUACGGUUCGAAUUAAGACACAAAUUGCACCGCGCAUAAUGAUUACACCAUAAAAUAGCAGAAAAUAUAUGUUUCGGUAUAGAGUGACGAAAAUCAAUUGAAAGCGCAGGCUAAUAAAAAAUGCCUUCAAACAAAAGCGCAAACUUGCCAACACACAUACACGCAGGCAUGUCUAGGUGUGCGCGUGUUAGUCAUUUGCAUACCUGGCUGGAGCUGGGCGUAUAGUGACAAGUGCGGUGUGUGAGGCAAUGUUUGCGAAAUACUUGAAAGAAAUACGUUAGUAACCAAAGUGGGAUCGGAUAGUGAGAAACCAACAACAACAGCAAAAAUAAAUAAAUAAAGCAUUCAACUCGUCAGCAGCUUAGCUGUGUAUGCCGGUCUAAAAGCAAAACAGCAAAAAAUUUGCAGACGUGAUUCUAGCGAAAAUCAGCGGAAAGAGAAAAUCGCACUUCAGCGAAAACAUAAAUUGAGCAUCGAAUGAAUAGCCUCUUCACUCGUAUUAAUUGCGGCAAAGCCGAUGACAAAGAAAAAAAACGAAACAAUAAAACAUUUUAGAAAAUUUGGGAAAAACAAUAAAAUAUAAUUAGGCGCAAGCUAAAAUACGAAAAAGUGAGGGGAUGUGAAAAAAGGUGGAAAUUAAGAACAUGAAAAAACAAUAAAAGAAGAGUCGAAUUUAAAAGCAAAAUCUAAAAAAAGAUGAUUAAAUAAAUCAUUAAAACGUGCUGAAGUGUGUGAGUAUUUAUUAUGGAAAUGAAACUAAAUGGAGAGGGAGAGACAGAGAGUUAAUGAGUGAAUGAGAGGAAACAAAAACAACAUUAAAAGAGUAGGAAAUAAAAAUUGAACGGAAAUAAAUAAAUGCGGUAAAAGUGGCAACAACCACAACUCAAUAGACGAGGAAGUGUGAACUAACAAAUCGCAGAGACAAAGGCAAAACAAAAACAAUUCCAACGAAGUGAGCUAAAUGUGCAAAAAACAAACAAAAUUCGCUCUGUUGAAAGAGAGAUUUUGAGCUUCGAACACGAAGUGAGAGCGUCAAAUGAGUGCAAAAAAAAAAACAAACUUGACAAGAAAAAGUUGUCAACGAGGCAAAUAAACGAGCACGACCAGCAGACGACGACGACGACAAUCAACCACCGACAACCACCAGCGCAUAAUCAACAACACCAAUUGCAAGAGCAACAACAACUUACGACAAUAUCAAAUCCAUAACAGCAACAACAACGACAGUCUGCGUCUGUGCUGUUGCUCACCAGCACAUCAUCAUUAUCUGCAACGGAGCCGCUGAGCCACGGCGCUACGGAGCACCAUAACGAGCCGCCAUCGAAGAGGCUAGCAAGUUCGGUUAGUUAGUCGCUUGACCGUUUCACUGAGGUGGUUGCUUGGCUCAGUCGGUGAAUGCCCGUCAGGCGCGUCGGUUGUAAAUUUUCGUACGCCAUUCUCAUUACGGAUGCCAUUAACGAAAGACGACGUGCGAAUAAAAGCAAUUAAACACUAUUCAACCACUACAGAUCUUUUGCUAUUCACGAACGUGAAAAAUAAACGCUCCCAACCCAAAGUGUGUGAUAAGAUUAAGGCGAAAAAAUCAAGAAAACAGCAACAAAAAUCGAAAGAGAUCGACGCACAGCAGUAAGCAACAACAACAACAACAUAUAAAACCUCUAACCAGCAAACGGCACUGGAAAAGUAUCAAAAAAAUAAAAACAAUUUUUAAAUAAUAAAAAAAAUAAUAUAAUUAUGUAUUUCACAUGAAAAUGCUAGCAAUCUAGUCUUAAUGCCCGUUAGACUAAACAAAAUUUAUUGAUCAUUUCAUUUUAUAAACAAUGCGCUGAUCAAGUUUUAUUUUAAUAAAUUAAAUAAUCAAAAAGCUGCAAGUUAGUUUUCGUCGAGUGCAACUAAAGCGUUAAGUGGAAAUUUUCAAGUGCAUACUUUUUAUUUUAUAAAAUAACAAAAAAGUUAAUUUACACACAUAUGUACAUACGUACGUGUUUAGAUGUACAUGUGUGUGCGCGCCUAACGUUGCUCGAAAAGUGAUUAGAAUUAUCAAUUGAAAACCAAACAAACAACACAAAGUAAUUAAAUGACACGCCACAGCAGCAGCCAGCAAAAAUAAUCAGCAAGCAGUCGUAUACUAUUGAUUGCGAUUGGCAUUUCACUGAGCGUCGCAUGCAUCAGCGUUUUGAUUGUUGCCAUAAAUUGUUAUCGUGUCACGGCGCUGAAACGUCGUGCCACUGUCGCUCUAACAUUACCAAUUCCACUGUUGCCCGAAGAUCAGACACUUCUGCACACUGAGCCGGACAAUCCUGUACCCAUGCUAUCGGUACAGACUGCCGGCUACGCGGGAAUGGAGCGGCUCGGCGUUCCGACCCGCACCACACUUAACUCACCACCUGACGACAGAGGGCAAUAUAGCUGUAGAAUGCGCGUGGAGACACUGCCGGCGCGAGACAUUUUAGUACGUAGCGAAACUGUGAUCCGUAGCAACAACGUAAGCAGCGGCUGUACGAGCGCUUGUAUGACCACUGCCAAUAGUAGUGGCAAUAAGAAUCAACAGCAGCAACAACUAUUAAAUCAAGAGCAUCACAAUCAACAUUCCCACCAUCAUCAGCAACAGCAUCAUCACCAAUACCAACAACACUACCAACACCACCAUAACCAGCAACAACAUUACCAGCGCAUGUCAGCGCAACAACAAGAACAGCAAACAGCGUGCAGCAGUGCAAGUAGUGCGCGCAAUGGCAACAUGCCCGCACGCAGCACAACAAGUAUUAGCAACAGCAAUAGCAGCAGCAAUUUCAUGCGCGGCGGCAUCGAGGCGGCCACCCUCAAGUACGGCAGCAUGGGCAGCGGGAGCGGUGGCGCCGGCGGCGGCUAUGGCAGCAGCAUAUCGGGCAGUUCCUGUGGCAGCAAUAGUUCCUGCAAUAGUCACAGCAUCGACCACCAUCAGCACUAUCAGCAGGCAAAGCAGCCGAAGCAGCAGCGCACGCCACGUUGCCCACACCAUGUGCCGUUGCCGGAUAGCGAAUGGGGUCAGGAUCGCAGCAUGCAACUACGCGCAAGCUAUCAGCAAUCUGAAUUAACGCGUUCCUACAUCAAACCUCCGCCGAAUAAAACCAUAAAAGACGUUCCAGAACAAUCAUCCUACAAUUUUAAUGCUCUGUCAGCGCUCAGCGGCUCCAACAUAACGUUAUAUGCUUCGCCUGCGACGUCAACAGCACAGCCACAACAACAACAACAUCCACCAAAAUCAAAGCCAAACGUGAUCACAAAGCUUUUUUCGCGCAAAAGCUCACCCAAAUCGCCCACAGCGCUCGCAUCGUCAUCCUCUUCCACGUCGGCGUGCUCUUCGCUACCCACGUCCGCGUCUAUAACGUCCAUGCCCGCAUCGACAUCGUCCUCAACGUCAUCGAUAGCGUCCGCAGCUGGUGGCGCAGCCCUAGCAGCAGCAGCUCUAUCGCCUGCUCUAUCUACAUCUUCAACGCCAUCGGUACUCGCAUCAACACCCCUAGCAUCAAUGCCCAUAUCGACUGCAUCAUCGCUAAAGACGACUGCCUGCAGUUAUGGUGCCAGCUCAUUGCAAGGGUCCACACCACCUUCCAUAACGGCCGGUCUUGCGACCAGCACACAACUACUGACCACAAUCGGCGUCUCGCCCACAGCCACAUCCGCCGCAAUCGAGCGCAUACCAACACCGCCACUUUCGGUGACAGUGCCCAUUGGUGGCUACCACCACCAUCACCACCUCCACCAUCAUCACCACAAUCAGCAGCAGCAACGCUUGCACCAACAACAGCAGCAAAUACUAUUAGACAGCAUCGUGGCCGAAAGCGCCACGCCCACAACAUCGUUGCAAUCACUUAAGAGCAGCAGCUGCAAUUUGGCUACUGCCGGCGCCGCGGAGCGCAACAGCAGCCGCAGCAGCCUGGUUGCCAUGGACUGCUAUCCGCUGACGGCCGCGGCGACAGGCGGCAUGACGCCACGCUCCCGCACACCGACAACGCUUGCGGACAACAACAAUUGCAACUGCAAUAAUAAAGACUGUAACACGUGCACGUCGAAUACAACAACAUAGCGGCGCGUGGCUGCCAUUGCAAACACCACAGUUGCUAGCAUCGAAAUCGCGAAGAUGGCAUAGUGUGGUGAGGCAGGAGAAGUAGAUAAAAGACACGGGUACGGCGCAGCGUGAACAAGUUGUGCAUUAACUAGCAACAAAUUCCUGUAUGCGUAUGCCUAGGGGCCAAGGGGGAAAUUCAUAGUAUAUAGUCGCUGCAAUAUGUUGCACAUACACACAAAUGUCUGUAUGUUCAGCAGUUAUGUAAAUCUAUUUAAUUUGAGCAUGAAACUACUUUAACACUGGUUUCACAUGAAUUUUGUAUUCACAUCAUUUCCAAACGCAACAGUACAGCGAAAGGGGAAAACGAAAAUGAGAAAUGCAUUGCCUCACCGCGGUAUACUAUAUACAUACAUAAAUACGCUUGAGUGAUAGGUUCUUGAAAGCAGAAUUGACUGUCGCCAAAAGCGCUCUGCCAGCUGAGGUUUAAAAAAAAUGUUUGUGAAUUUGCUUUAAGCUAAAUUAGUUUACGAUUAUUCGAAGCCUAAAGUAAUUUUAAUCCAAUUUAUUGUAUUUUUUAAAUUAAUUGUUUAACUAUUCAAAAUUUAUUUUAGCCAAUUAAGCAAAAAUUUAUUUCGAAACCAAAAAAAAAAAAUCAAAGCGGAAAAAUGUGUAGAAUUGUGUUCAUGACUUUUUUUCGCAAUUAAUUAUGCGUGUGUGCAAUUGCCUUUGAUUAGCAAAUUAUAUUAAAAUUAUUACUUAUUUAAGAAUAACGCUGGCAGAACAUUGAGGUAAAAAGUAUUCGCACUGCGCAUACAUUCUCAGCUUUCCCUUGUAUACUGUUGUGUUUUUAAACGAUUUUAAUUUGUAAAGAUUAAUCUAAAAUAAAUUACAAUUUAAGUCAAUCCAAUAAGUGUAAAUAAUCUUAACGCUAGCAUAGUUAAUAUACUAGCCUUGUCCAUACUACAUAUAAGUAGACAUACUAUUUGUAUGUAGUGUAAGUGAGAAGAAGAAAUUAUUUAAAGGAUAAAUGGAUUUUUAAUUAGUCUAAAAUAGCGGAAAGUAGCUGUAAAAGGAUAAUUAAAUAAAAUAAACUGAAUUAAAUAUGCUAUAUAUUAAAUA